AUGUCGCUCUUCUUCCUCUCUCGCGUCCUUCUUACCCCUCCUAAAACCCCCAGGAACGUGUUUUUUCCUUGGCAUACGAUGUCUAUACACCUGAGCGGGAGUUUCUUAGAGUCGCGUCGGCUGGCUUUAAGGGUACCCGUUACUUUAACAAAACCGGAGAUAAGAAGAUAUUUAGAGGGGCUUUAUGGUGCUAAAGUGCUAAAGGUUAAUACUCUUAUUAAAGUCCCUGAGAGAAGACGCAAUCUGGAAGACAAACGAUUGGGUUAUCGCCGCGCGGGGUGUACGUACAAGAAGGCUAUAGUAACUCUCGAGGAGGCGGUCCCUCCUGAAGUGCAGAUGCUGCGAUCUUCUCGCAACUUGUCUGUAAACCCUGAUAAACUAAAAAAGAAUGUAUCAUACGGGGCUAACAGAGAUUUAAAACGAAGGCCUACAAGAGAGCAGCAAACUCAAGGAGGAGAAAUGCAACAUGCAUGGACGCUGCCCAUUCCAAACCUCCUAGCAGGUGACGACCUGCCUAUACACCCGACGCACCGCGAAGAUCCUUCUUCAACUUUGGAGGCGCCAGACAUCCGCUUGCCUUUUAGGCAUGGAGGGGUUUAUAAUUUUACUUUUAAACCGCAAGAAGUCCCUCAGCAGACGCCUGUGCCGCUGGACCUGAGACCCUGGCGCCACCGUCUGUCCAAUUCACAGAAUCGCACCAACAACUAA